CGCCUCUGGACCAAUCAAAGGCAAGCUUACAGGUCGAUGAAAUCUCUAACUUCGUAAUUAUAGAGACCUGUAUGAUGAACUUAAAAACCGCGUGUGGAAUGAUCUGCGCCACUCGGGAAACAACUCAUCGACUAAACUCACUGUUUUAGCACUUUAUUUUUGAUUAUUUGUUUAUAGAGUAUUUUAUCUUUAUAGAUAUAACAAUGGAAACUACAUAUAAUUAUUUCCCCGUUAUUCUCCUAUGUCUGAGUAUUAACCUAUUCAGCUAUGCGUGGUAUUCACCUGUGGAUGUAUAUGACAAAGUGGUGGAGCUCGUGUCGCCAGGAGAGGAAUACCUGGAUGAAAUGUCAGUUCGCUCCUUUUUCAAACUGUUAGAGAAGCGUGUGCAGUGCCCUGGUGUGUCGUGUGAAAAGUGCCUCUCUGUGCAGUCAGUAGACCAGCUGGUGGGUAACUUUACCAGCACUGGUGGUCUCCUUCACAACGAGGGCUUCUUCAGAGUAGCGGCAGGAUGCCACCUCUACCUCAGCUCUCCCACCGAGGCCUGCUCUGCCGUGAGGGCAGGGAGGUGGGGGGAUGAGACGGACCACCUCAUCCAGGAAAUCACAGGCCAUGACCACCUCAUCCAGGAAAUCACAGGCCAUGACCACCACAGGCACAGGGAUGGGCAUGGACACGGAGACAUGGAGAGCAGUGGGAUAGAGACUCUGCUCCGAAACAUGGAGAAGCACUACAAACCUGAUCAGCAGUACGACCAGCACUGUCUCACUGGUCAAGACAUCUUAGAGGAGAGCAGCGCGUCAACUAGUGAUGGUGACCCUCACAACACAGAUGUGGUGUUUGGAUACAUAGUGUACCAUGCUUUACGAGGUGACUGCAUGACAGCCAGAGCACUACCUGAAGAAGAGUAUUUUUUGGAUUUCAUACUCAACCGCUUCGGCUCUGACAACAUCACUAUUCAUGAGCUGGAAGGUAUUAUGAAGAGCUUGCAACUGGGUGGAAUCCACAAAGAGGAACACGAUCAUGAACAUGGAGAUCAAGAUGGACACAACAAUGACCAUGGUCAUGAUGAUCAUAGUCACCACAGUACCGCUAGCGGGGGUCGAGGUGCUCAGAGUGGUUGGGGGGGUCGAGGUGGAAGUGCAGCCUUCAGGCAGAGUCACGAGGAGGGGUACCACCAGAGGAACAUCAGCAGCUGGGACCUGACAUGUUUCAGCCCAGAGGAACUGGUAAAGAUCCAUGGGCUGAAUGGAUCUAGCCUGUCCAGGUAUGACGUGGCCCGGCUUAGCCCAGCCCUGGUCCAGCAGAUCCUCAGUGGGGCCUGCAACAGCACCUCUCCCCCCACUGGACCAUCAGACCAGCUCAGCACCAUAGAGAAGUAUGUGUAUGCCACCAUCGCCAAUCUUCUGAUCUGUCUGGCCGCUGUGGUUGGCGUUGUGGUGCUGCUGUGUACUUCCUGUAGUAGUGUCUUCCAGCUCAUCAUCCAGUUCUGUGUCAGCCUGGCCGUGGGCUCCCUCACUGGGGACGCCCUGUUGCACCUCCUGCCUAUGUUCCUAGGCCUCCAUGUUCACAGUGAAGGAACAGACCACAGCCACUCAGAGGAGGUUCCAGACUACAUCUAUAAGAUACUGGUGCUGAUGGCUGGAAUCUACUGCUUCUAUCUCAUGGAGACUAUUUUCUCCAUCAUCACCACGCACCAUGCUCCGCAUCACCAUGGGGUGGAGUCUGAGCCCCAUCACUGUGACCAUGGUAAAGUCGUGGAGAUGUACCUGCAGGACAAAAAUAACAAGCAGUCUGUAUCGCAGACAGACCUGGUUGAUAGCAAUGACACAGAGAAAGCCUUUCCAGAACAAAACCAACACUCAAGAGAACAGCGUCUGCUACCCUACAUGGUUACCAUAGGGGACGGGAUACAUAACUUUGCCGAUGGCCUGGCUAUCGGAGCAGCCUUUUCUGUUUCCUGGAAGUCAGGUCUUGCCACGUCUCUGGCUGUGUUCUGUCAUGAGCUGCCUCACGAACUGGGUGACUUCGCUAUCCUGCUGCACAGCGGGGUGUCAGUGAAGAAGGCCUUGAUGCUGAACGUGGCCAGUGCCCUCACAUCCUUCAUCGGUCUCUACAUCGCCCUCACCAUCUCUACUGACCUGGCCACCAAGCAGUGGAUCGCUGCCAUCACCUCUGGUCUCUUCCUGUACGUGGGUCUGGCUGAUAUGGCUCGAGCGGAGCACCUUGUGAGAGAGGGAGCAAGAGAGAGAGAGAGAUGGAGACGGAGCAAGAUGGAACAAGAUGGUGCCGACAGACAUGGUCGCCCUGUUCCUAGCGCCUAACAAACUUUGCCAUAUAUAUUUUUUUGUGUUAUUUCUUACAUUAUUUGCUCAGAACAUUUCUUGCAAUAUUAGCUAGUCCGGAAAUACAUUUAGGAUAUUAGAUCAGCAGUCACUCACCAGAAUUUCAAAAAAAUAAUACUUUCCUGAUUUGGUUCCUUUGUUCUUAUCCCCCGAGGCAUUUCCACUCAUCCCAAGGGCUGCUCCAAGACGCUGCCAACGGAGAAGAGGAUUAUCGAGUGGACUUGUAGCAUCCACCGCUUCCGAGUAUCCCUGGACAAUAAAGUAUACGAGCUCAGGGUGAGGAUUUCUUUCCAGAGAGACAUCAGGGACUGUAACAUACUCUGUUUCACAGAAUCAUGGCUCUCUCCGGAUAUACUGUCCCUGUCCAUACAACCAGCGGGGUUCUCCUUACAUCGCACAGACAGGAAGAAAUACAUCUAUGGGAAAAAGAAAGGCAGAGGUGUAUGCUUCACCAUGAACUGGGGGCGGCAGGUAGCCUAGUGGUUAGAGCGUUGGACUAUUAACCGAAAACCGCUGCAAGAUCAAAUCCCCAAACUGACAAGGUAAAAAUCUGUCGUUCUGCCCCUGAACAAGGCAGUUAACCCACUGUUCCUAGGCCGUCAUUGAAAAUAAUAAUUUGUUCUUAACUGACUUGCCUAGUUAAAUAAAGGUAAAACAAAAUUUAAAAACCUACUCAUGGUGUGAUUGUGGUAAUGUACAAGAACUCAAGUCCUUUUGAUCUCCCGAUUUGGAAUACCUCACUAUCAAAUGCCGACCGCAUUACCUCCCGAGAGAAUUCUCUUUGGACAUUGUCACGGCCGUGUAUAGUCCCCCUCAAGCCAACACUGCGACUGCUCUGGACUUUGUGCAAACUGGAAACCGCAUAUGCUGAGAUCACGUUUAUUGUAGCUCAGGACUUUAAUACCCAUCUGGACAAGAGGAAUACCUAUGUAGGAGUGCUGUUCAUCGACUACAGCUCAGCCUUCAAUACCAUAGUGCCCUCCAAGCUCAUCAUUAAGCUCGGGGCCCUGGGUCUGAACCCCGCAUUGUGCAACUGGGUCCUGGACUUCCUGACAGGCCGUCCCCAGAUGGUGAGGGUAGGCAAAAACUGCUCUUCAACAUGGGGGCCCCACAAGGGUGCAUGGCGAUGUGUUGAUAAAACUUUGGUAGAAUUUUCUUCAGAUUUGCUUUAUCAAUGUCAAUAAAAUGACAUCCA